GCCAAGCGAGACAUACGAUAGACGAAGGAAGCGCCCACCCAGCAGGAGGGCUAAAACCUGUAGUUUUUGAAGUUGCAAACUCCAGCUUCGAAGCUGGAGUGCUUUAGCCCUUUUUUUAAGCAAGAAUCACCGUCUUGAGCGCCUUGCGCGCUCAAGAACAGGCAAGGGAUGAGCGCUUUGUUGCUAAAGCGGAUACGUUUUCUUGCUGGGGAAGGCUAGUUUGAUCGAGGAUUGGAGAGGAGGGAGAGGUGGAAUAAAAAGCUCGGGAUGAUUUUGGAGUCUUUGUGCGAGCCGUAUGCGGUGAGAGUCGCACGUACGGUAAGGAGGGGGGUUCGCGUCUAUACGUGUAGUGUGGUGGUUGGGCCUACCCACCCUAUUUGUUCCAUGAUCUAUGGGUCUACUGGAGCUACCCACUUCGAUCAAUUAGCCAAGAUUUUGACCGGAUACGAAAUCACUGGUGCUCGAUCUAGUGGUAUUUUUAUGGGGAUUCUUUUUAUCGCUGUAGGAUUCCUAUUCAAGAUUACUGCAGUUCCUUUUCAUAUGUGGGCACCUGAUAUCUAUGAGGCUUCACCCACCCUGGUGAUUGCAUUCCUUUCUAUUGUGCCUAAAAUCUCCAUUUCUGCAAAUGUGUCACGUGUUUCUAUUGUUGCUUCCUAUGGGGGUACAUUACAACAAAUCUUCUUUUUCUGCAGCAUUGCUUCUAUGAUCUUAGGAGCACUGGCCGCCAUGGCCCAAACGAAAGUCAAAAGACCUCUAGCUCAUAGUUCAAUUGGACAUGUAGGUUAUAUUCGUACCGGUUUCUCAUGUGGAACCAUAGAAGGAAUUCAAUCACUACUAAUUGGUAUAUUUAUUUAUGCAUCAAUGACGAUAGAUGCAUUCUCCAUAGUUCUAGCAUUACAGCAAACCCGUGUCAAAUAUAUAGCGGAUUUGGGCGCUCUAGCCAAAACGAAUCCUAUUUUGGCUAUGACCUUCUCCAUUACAAUGUUCUCAUACGCAGGAAUACCCCCGUUAGCCGGCUUUUGUAGCAAAUUCUAUUUGUUCUUCGCCGCUUUGGGUUGUGGGGCUUACUUCCUAGCCCCAGUGGGAGUAGUGACUAGCGUUAUAGGUCGUUGGGCGGUCGGAAGGUUGCCAUGA